AUGGCGGCUGGCAGCAGCAGCAACGGGUUUCUCUUCCCAUACCUAUCCUGCACACAGACAGGGAAUUGCUCUUCUCCUGAGACAUACAGUCUCCCAGGCAGCAAUUCACAGACUAUGGAUGCCUUGGACACCAUGCUGGUGGCCUUCGUACGCAACUGUCCCAACACCAGUGUCAGCAUAGAGUUGGAGAAUAUGUUGAAGGCGCUGCUGGACUUUGCCCACUCCAAAAACCCAGCUGUGCGUGAGAGGGCUGUGAGGAGGGUUGAGAAGCUGGGUGAUUUCAUCAUCAGUUAUUUUGUGAGCGAGAACUCAGAUGACUAUGAAAAAUACAAGCACAGCUACGAUGAUUCCAGAGAGCUCUACAUCCCCAUCCUGGGACAGCUACUGGGCCACCUCUUCAUUUUCUUCAGUGGCGAUGAAUCCAUGAGACACGCAGCUUUGGAUACUCUUUUUCGCUUCCUCAAAAUCUUAAAGGAAACAAGAGAAAGCUCACAGACAAAGGACAUGAAAAAUUAUUGGCUGCACCGCGUGAUAUCGAAGGAUACAAGAUUUCCAUAUUCUAUAACAUCAGUUCCCUGUGAAAUUGCCAAGGGGUUUGGAGGACAUCUCUUCCCUGCUGAGAGGCUGGACAUCAUCCUCACAGCCCUUGAAGCUUUACAAGACUCCAGCAUCCAUGACAAGCAGGGGGCCUGCAGCGUGCUGGACGCAGCCUUGGAGGACCCUGACUACUGGCUGACAGAUGUAAGUGGCCUGUGGCCAUGGCCCUGCCCUUGAGCUCUUCCAGGCGUGGUUCCUCUCUCCGUCCCUGCCUCCCUCCCUGCCUCCCUCGCACAUCGGGGUCUCUUGGGCUCCAGAAGCCACCUGAAGCCAGCAGAGAGCAAUGGAAGGGGCCAAAGUUUGAGUGGCAGCUGUGGCAAUGGCUGCGGUCUGCUGGCAACACCAUUCCCACUUUGUCCCCCAAGGUGCCAACGAUCAUGGAGUGCAUCAGGAGAAACCUGGGCAGCAUCCACACGGCAUCGGCGCGGCACUGCCUGGACUCCCUGCUUCUCGAGCUGACCAACAUGAUGCCCAGGGAAGAAGUCAAGAACCUGCUGCAGUUCUCUCCG